AUGGAGUCCAAUCGUCGACGGAACACAAACCCUUCCAGAGGAACAGUUUCAACUCAUCCCACUGAAAUUUUAACUCCUCCUACAGAAACAACAAUACGGCUUGAUGAAUUCAGAAAAAGUUACAAGAAGUGGAAAGCUCUUACGCACAAAACAGGCAUCACGGUUGAUCCUGAUACAUCUUUCAUAAAUGCAUCUGAUGCAUGGUGGACAGAACAAGAGUUUGGAUGCAAAUUAACAAAAAACUUGAACCGAAAACCGCCUGUAUUUUGGGACGUGAUGCAACGAUGUCUCGUAUUACAUGAUGUUCAAUCACAAUCUCAACAUUUUGCUUGUCAAAGAAGAGAACAAUUGAUCCACGAGCAUGGAGUUGAUGAAGAAGGUGAAGAUUACUCAGAUAGUGACAGUGGUAACAUGCCACAAACCGAGGUUCCUGAAACGCAAGAAGAAGAAGAAGUGUAUCGUGUUACCAUUGAUGAUGAUGAAAUAUUCCAAAAUUCUGCUGCUAGAAGGCAACAACGAGGUAGGCCAAAUUUUCAGUCAACCGCUAGACGUGGAAGUAGUGCACAAAGAUCUGGAGGAACCUCACGAGUUUCUAUUGGAAGUGGUUCAGGAGGAAGUCGGAGACGACAAUCCUUUGAAACAACAAUACAAGACAGCAUCACUAGCUUCGGAGAAUUCCAACGACAAAGUUUUCAACAACUUCGUCCUCGUGCUUUUGACCAAGAUGAUUACGAUGAAUUUAAAAAGGCGGAAGCGAUAUUUACCGCCCUAGAUCUUCCCAAGCACACUAGAUUUCAUUGGGCAUGCAUUAAUGCACUUAAGGAGCUAGUAUUUUGGCCUAAGUAUUUCAUUGAUAUAGCUGCAAGCCCUGACAAGGAUAAGUGGAGAACACCACCAAACGUUGCACAGUGGGGAACACCACCAAACGUUGCACAGUGCAGAACACCACCAAAUGCUCCACAUUGGGGAACACCACCAAAUGCACACGGAACGACUCCAACAAAUGUUCAAUAUGGAUUUUCAGUUGGAUGUCAAGAAGAUGGUGCAACAACUGAAACUCCACCAAUCAUUCAACAAACAUCAUCAUCUGGUCUCGGUUUCACAAAUUAUUUUGAAACUGGACAAAUGCCACAAACACCUAGACCGCAAGGAUCCAAUGCAAGUCAUCACAGUGAUGUAGGAGAUGAAUAUUAG